AUGUCAAAUUCGCCGUCCGUUCCCGAUGAUACCUUGCCUGAUCCCCUGGUGACACCUGCUACACCUGCCCAACAUGAUUGCUCAGAGCGCAGCCCACGUCACCACUCGCGGCAGGGUCAGCACUUGUCCCAGGGGUCUCGAGAGGCGUCGUCGCCAUCGCGGGCAGAAUCCCCCUCGGCCCAUUCGUGGUCGCAGCCCUCUAAUUUCACUCUAAAAAGGACCCUAACCACACCUUUGGAGACUACUGCGCAUCGCGAUAUCGUGUACCGUCCCCAACUGUCUGAACGUGACAGUAUCUUCGCUACCCAUUACCUCCCCUCAGAUAGCGGCGCAAAUACCCCACAGCUGCCCCCCGAAAAAGCAGACAAUGGCCAGGUCAAUUUGAUUCCUAGUCUCGAUGAUGCCUCCGUGUCGCCAAGUGCAUUCCCCAAGGUCUCUCCCCACCGUUCCAGCGCCGGCCCUUCCCACAUGGAAGUUGACGUCCGCAGACAAUACCCAUUGCGUUCCUCCUCUCUCUUCUCCUCCUCCGAUGUCCCGCGGUUAUCUCUUCUUCGCUCGUCCAUCUCGUCGGCCGACCAGGUGAAGAAGCUGGGGACUGAGGCAGGCGCACAUGAUCACUUGGGUGGAUCUCAGCGAGACAAAGGGCCUUUGGAUGAUUCAGGUACGAAGACCAGCCGUUCUCACGGGACUUUGCCUGGACGCAUCUUGCUCCCAUCUGCCCUAAACGAUGCAUCUCGUGCCUCUCACUCUUUGACUCUCUUGUCCCCUCGCCACGAGGGCUCCCAGGUCAGCCAGGAUUUUUUAUCCUACAGCCCUGAAAAAGAAAUCUCUUCCCCCGCGGGCGUUGAACGGAGUCCAAGCAGAGGUCGCCGUGGUCGAGUUGAUAACUCAAUUGAAGCCAAUCUCACAAACGCGGAGCCGGCUUCUAACGUCCGCAGCCGUAAGUCCAGCCAUUACUUGGGUCUGUUCAAAGAGAACACUACAUCGCCAGAUCGGAAACGAUGGGAGGACCGCGGUCGGCAGGAUGAGCCAGAGGAAUUGGCAGAUCACGCUAUGGCCUUUGAAUGCGAACACCCGCGAUCCGAAGAGGAAGCCCUGCUGCGUAAAAGCAUUUCUCUCCCGGCGCUUGGCGAUGGCCCGGCUUUCGAGCCUCCUUCUGCACCCGAACCACCUCAGAGCGCCCAAGACGAUGAACCGCACAAGCGUCGCCCGACAGCGCUGCCUCGCAGCCUUCUAGAAGAGAUCCGAAACUUCCAUCUCACUCCCGGUGGAGGCCGAGGGUCCUCUUUCUCCAGAAGCAUUCCGACCCAAUAUUCAGAACGCAGUCGUGAUUAUUUCCAAAAAGAACCUCAUGUUGAAUUGUCUCCGUCGACCUCUUUCGAAGAGGAACGUCACGAGUCAGGGCGAUUCGAGGCCGAUGAAGAGGAGAAUGAACAGAUUUCUUCUGCUGUUUACUUCCCUCACGAGCGCACCGUGACUGAGGAAAUCAAUGACCUGGAGUCAUACCCAGAAUGUGCUCAUGAUGUACAGCCGGUUCAGCUAUCGGCCGAGAAAGGCCAUGAGCUGAUGUUAGUCUCAGACCGUAGCGAUUCUCCUGAAAAAGAAAUCAGCCAUGUGGAUAUUGCCUUUCGAUCUAAGCAUGAUAAUAGGAUCCUCCAUGGUGAUCUUCACGACGUGCCAGAAAAGUCCUUGAGUACCAUCUCUGAGCGCAGCUAUGAUUCAAUCAGUGAAUCGGAUGCUCCCUCAGCCGAUGAAACACCCUCUAUUGUAGAGGAAUCCAGUCUGACCGACGACGCGGAGACACCCACAGCGACACCAACUCAGCGUUCCGGGCUUCUGCGUCGGAAAACCACCAAGACUCAGGGGCCUCUUGGCGCCGUGGAAUUGAAACCUUACCGACAUCAGGUUGGCGGGCACACAACCGUAUUUCGUUUCUCCAGACGCGCUGUAUGCAAGCAACUUAACAACCGAGAGAAUGAGUUUUAUGAACGCAUUGAGCAGAGACAUCCUGAAAUGUUGAUGUUUCUCCCCAAAUACAUCGGUGUGCUGAAUGUUACGUUUUCAAAGACAUCCAAAAAGCCAAAGGACCAGGUCGACUCUUCUGGGGGCAAGGUACAGGAUGUCACGCCGGCGAAUGGGUCUUCCGUGCUCAGCUCUCAACUCCGUGAGGCGGCAGAGCCACAGCGAAUCGUCAGCCAGUCGCAAGUAACAGGCGUCAUUCCCAAGGUCAUUCUGGAGAACAAUCGCCACAUUAUCCCUGCCGACUUGUUUUCCCGAACCCAGCGACCACGGACAGCGGAUGAUUCAGUAGUGAGCCGUGCCCGAUCUAUGGAUGGUCUCGAGGCUAUGUCAGCCGAGUCAGAUCCAUCGGCUCUAAGCAAGAAAGCCAAGAUCUGGGGCGCCACCACUGUCAACCGAAAACUUCAAGAGCAGGUUCUCCGUGAGGUUUUCAGCCCUCCUGCUAUCCACCACCAUCGCCGGCAAGCUCGCGGUCAUCUUCACCUUCCUCGAGCAAGCAGCGACUUUCCUCAUCGACGACAAAACAUGUCCGAGGACACUGCGCCUAGCGCUCGGCGACCAAUGCUGGGAGCCAUCCAAGCGCUCAAGACUGAAGCAAUUGAUAUUGUCCCUCCUGCUUCGGAAGGACCUGCUCUUUCCUCGUCUGCGUCCACUGCUCUAGACGCCAAUCAAAACCAUCUGGAGAAGGUCCGCACCGAAGAAGAGCCUAACCGAGCAAGCUCCUUGUCUCGGGCACACCCUCAAGUGAGGCGCCGGCAUUCCGGAAGUGGUCUCCAGAGGCGAGGAAGCAUCAACUCUCGUAAGGACGGCGAGCUUGUAUUUUUCGAUGAUGAUGGCUAUGGUGGCGACAAAGAAGAUGAUAUUUUCUCCAUGGAGGCCGAUGCUUCCAUGCCUUCGAACUCCUCACCUGUCGCAAAACGUCUCAUUUCACCAGAACGUAAACGGGAUUCGGGUAGUGGACGCCGUGCCCUCGAGUCUGCUGCAGCAGCAAGAGUGUUUGACCCACCUUAUUCCCAGCCCAUGAACAACAGCAUCACCACAAUGUUGCCCAGUAACCCCAAGGAAGCACAGUUGAGAAAAGAUGAACGCGUACAAUUCUUCCUUCUCCUUGAGGAUCUGACUGCAGGUAUGAACAAACCUUGUGUCCUGGACUUGAAGAUGGGUACCCGACAGUAUGGUAUCGAGGCAAACGAGAAAAAAAAGAAGUCACAGCGACGCAAGUGCCAGUCUACCACAUCCCAACAAUUAGGUGUGCGACUCUGUGGUAUGCAAGCGUGGAACGUCAAAAAGCAGGAAUACAUCUUUGAAGACAAGUACUUCGGACGUGAUUUGAAGUCUGGCCGCGAGUUCCAAGAUGCACUCACCCGCUUUCUGUAUGACGGUGUCAGUUAUGCCAGUGUGGCCAAAAAGAUCCCGGUCAUCCUGGAGAAGCUGGCUCUGCUGGAGAAUAUGAUCCGACAGCUGGACUCCUACCGUCUUUACGCAAGCAGCCUCUUGAUCCUGUAUGACGGAGAACCACCAGUUCCUCAGCAAGGUCCACCGCGUAGUACCGGAGAACCAUCACCUCUCAAGCGCGGUAUGUCCGACGAUGGCCACAAAAAGGCAGACGUUCAAUUGAAGAUUGUCGAUUUUGCCAAUUGCGUCACCGGCGAGGACAAACUGCCACCGGAUACACCCUGUCCUCCUCACAGCCCGCACGACAUUGAUCGUGGGUACCUGCGCGGCCUCCGCACCCUUCGAAUGUAUUUCCAGCGGAUCAUGAAGGAGGUCGCACAAGACGAAUUCGUUGAACGAGGAGAAGGCGAAGCGAUUGCUCUGGGAUCUCAGCCUGCUGUGCGCGAACUCCCCUCCGACCAAUAUUGGGACGAGACCAUGAUGGAAAGUGACGCGGGCGCAGUCAGUUUCUAA